UGAGCAUUGGAAGGAGCGCAAGGGCAAGCCGGGGGAGGAAGGAAGGCAGCAGUGCCUUUCCUCCCACCUGUCCGCGGCCCUUUUGUUCAUCAUCGACAGCCUUUCUUCCUGUUCUGUACUCGCUACAUCGUCUCCUUCCUCCUCCCGGCUGACGCACUCUCCCUACUUUACGCCGCCCUUUCUCUCCGGCUGACAGAGACGGCCUCUCCUGUCCUUCUCUUCUCCACCCAACGUGCUCUCCUCUCUGCCCGUCGAACCGAGAACAGAGAGAGAUCCACCUGAAAAAAAGGCGGCGCCUACACGACGACGCAGACGACAUCCAUCCUACAUAGCAAAACGCACAGAGUCAUACUACGCGACCAACGCCACCUAGUCUUCUUCUCAUCAACGCCAUGUCGGCCUCUUCCCCAGAGUCGCUGCUUCGCCAGCGUCCCUCUGCCAUGAGCCACGACUCGACGGCCACGCUCAAGUCUCCACCAGUCGUCAGCGACUCGGGUCGCGCUAGCACUCCCGACUCCAAUGAGACUGUUGGAGAGCAUGACAAGAAGUCAGGUGCAGCUCCCUCGUCGCCGCACCCUUCAAGCAUCGGCACUACGAAAGACGGCCACAGCUUCGUAGUCCCACACACGCCCGACAUGCUCACCUCCAUCUUUGAUCCACGCGAGCCAAAGACUCCACUCGACUUCAUCACAAUUGGCUCCCUCGCUCUCCAGAUCAUCCUCUACUUCGUCCUGCCACGUUCGCUGGCUCGCCCUUUCUUCCUUCUCUACUUUGCCUUCUGGCGAGCAGCGUACAAUGCUGGUCUGGGUCACAUCCUCAAGCAGCAGUCGGAGCGCAACUGGAUCACUCGCACCGUCAAAGCCAAGGGUUGGUUCGAUGCUAAGCGCCAGCCAAAGAUGUACAAGUGGGUGCGCAGCCACCUCGAGACCAAGAUGGAAAAGGACUACAACUUUGAGGCAUGCCCCCUCGAUUACAACGUGUGGAUCUUCUUCCGCAGCAUCGUGGACAUUAUCCUCCUCAACGACUUUGUGGCCUACAGUCUCUUUGCAUUUUCUUGCACUCGCCUGCCCGAGGGCCAUAGCGUUGUGCUCCAUGUGUUGCGAUGGGUCGUCGGAUGGGCCUUGAUCUUCUUCAAUCUGUGGGUCAAGAUGGACGCGCACCGUGUGGUCAAGGACUAUGCCUGGUACUGGGGAGACUGCUUCUUCCGCAUCACAAAGGACCUUGUCUUCGAUGGCGUCUACGAGAUCGCACCUGACCCGAUGUACUCGCUUGGCUAUGCCGGUUACUACGGUCUCUCACUGGUGUCAGGCUCCUACGCCGUCUUGUUCGCUUCGCUCGCUGCACACUUCUCGCAGUACCUCUUCAUGGCCUACUUUGAAAAUCCGCACAUCGAGAGGACCUAUGGCGAGAAGAAGCCUUUGGCAGCUCGUGUGCCCUUGUCAGAGGCGCCGUACAAUGCUGCCUCUGCUCACGAGGCUGCGGGCCAGUUUGUUCCUCCCAGCAGCACUGCGGCCACGUCCUCGGAAGAAGCCCGCUCGCCUCGCCUCAAUGGAUCUGCCGCUCGCCUGAGCAGCUUCAGUUCGACGGGCGGCACGCCUUCCUUCGGUACCGACUCGUCCUCGACGAGCUUGGCCUCCGAUUCCGAGGCUGAUCUCCUCAGCAGCAGCCCAGCUGCGUCCGUCACUGAUCCCAGUGAGAUCCGCCGCCGACUCAAUGCUGAGGCCUCUGCUCAACGUCAGGGUCAGCAGCCGCAGUCCUCCUCUGCUCACACCUAUGCGGACGGUCGUGCCUCUCGACGCAUCACUAAUCUGCACGACCUCCACCACAAGCUCUUCCGCAAGGACGUUGUGGUUUACAAGAACUUGGACCCACUGCGCGGCUCCGACUUCUUGCUGAUCGUCGCUGGUCUCUAUGCAAUCGUCCCCUUGCUGGUCCCCUCUAAUCUCGGCCCACGCAGCACGCUCGCCCUCUACUUCCUCAACGCCCUUGCUUGGCGCCUCUUCCAUUCUGGUGGGCUUGGCCUCCUGCUACGCGCGCAGAGUGAGAGCAAGUGGAUGGUCCGCCAUUUCCUCAAGCACUACAACUACGACGACCCAAGCGAUGCGGUCUUCGAAUCCUUCGCCUCGUUCAAGACAAUCUAUAAUGCCUCGCUGGUAAUGGUGUACACCUCCUUCGGCCUCCUCUGCUGGCGCUGCUACGCACCAGUCGGGACUGACUGGACCGUCGGGACUGACCUGCUUCGUCACACCUUGGGCGCCUUGCUUGUGGCGCUGCACAUCUGGGCGGCCAACUCGAGCUAUAAGGUGCUCGGCCCGUUCGGCUGGUUCUACGGAGACUUUUUCAUCGACGAGUACCCCCAUCAGCUCUACUACACGGGAAUCUACCGUUUCCUCAACAACCCAGAGCGAUCCAUGGGGGGAGCAGCCUGGUUCGGACUGGUCCUCAUCUCGGGCUCUAAACUGGCUCUUACUCUCGCAGUCGUAAGCCACUUGGCGCAUUGGCUCUUCCUCUCCUGCGUUGAGAACCCGCACAUGCGCAAGUUGUACGGCGAGGCUGCGGUCGGUCGUCAAGGUGGUGUCACGAAGCAGCUCAAAAAUGUGGCGAAGCGUAAUGCCCACCUCUUUGAGGCUGCUCAGCGCCAUCCUGCCGUUGCAGAAGUGCGCGGUACGCUGGAGAAGGUGGGCAAGGAUGCGACCAAGACGCUUGAUGGAUUGGUCAAGGAGAGUGGGAGCAGACUGGAGAAGAUGCGAGAGGAGGGACGCAAGGUCUGGUUGAGAGGGACGGACCGCCUUCUCAUCGUGAGGACGGGCGACGACGAGCAGACGCGGACGAUAGAUCGCACGCAGUACUCCGUCAGUCCUGUCGCACCUGACGCCGCCGGACCUUCCUCUUCGUCGGCGGGCAGCAAGGCGCGCUUCCACCUCGGCGAGCCAGUCACCAUUGCCUGGUCAGCCGCCGCAGGCCACGCGAAGCGCGACUGGGUAGGCAUUUACAAGGUGGACCGCUUCGGCUCACCCGGGUCUGCGGACAGGGAGGACAACCGGCUGGUCACCAAGAUUUCAUCGCAUGGCGCAUGGAUCAAUGUCGGCGAGGAGGAGGAAGAGGACAUGGAGCACGACGAGUCGAAGCUCCCCUCGAAGCGUACCAACGAGCCUGCGAGCGGAAAGGUAGUGUUCAGGGGCAAGCGCUUGCCCUGGAGUGUGGGCACCUUCGAGGCGCGCUACCACCACGAUGGGAAGCAGGAUGUGCUUGCUCGAAGUCCCAAGUUCGAGAUCUAUGUCGAAGACCACAUCGGGCGCCUCGAUGAGGCAGUCGAGGCUUCCUCCUCAUCUGCGGCCUCAAGCAGCGGUGCCCUCCCCUCCCCGACCAGCAAUACCCUCACCUACAACACUGUCUACCCCACCCUUGCCCGUCUAGUCAUGGCGGCUCUCGAGUCGGACACUUUGCGCGGCCCCCGAUCCCAGACGGGUCGGCCCCGCGCUCCGUCCACUGUCGGUCCACCCGCAGAGACUGGCCGUACGAGCGAUGCGGAUGAGGAUGACUUCACGAUCUGGGAGCAGGACCAGGCCAAGAGGAUCGCGAGGGGAAUCAAGGUGGCCUUUGGGGUGGAGUUCUCCACCGAGGUCGUUGUAGCGGAGGCGAAUGUCAGGAGAUUGGCAAAGGAUGUUGUAGAGGCAAAGAGACUGCUUGUGGGAGGAAGCGCGAGCGGGGCAACUAGUGGAGCCGGGACGCCUCACGCAGCAGCAACGGGGGCGUUGAGCCCUGUGACUGCGUGAGUGACGGGAGCGAAGUGGGCAGUGCAGGCUCACACAAAGGCUCAAAGGGAGGAGAAUAGUUGGGGCGGCACGCAAAGACGAGAUCGGGCUCGCAACACACGUAAUGGAGCGCAGCGUAGCGCGACGCAAGGGAAGGAAUCGCAGGCACCUCGAAUGGACCUCAUUCGGCGGAGAGGCAGCAGCUGUCUCCUCUCUGCAGUUUCAAAAACUAACGAAGCAAUGAAUGAUUAUACACAUG